CUAAUUACAAAAAACAUUGUGUUAGUGAGUUAUUCAAAAUGAGUGAAAGUGAAAAGUCAGAGAUUCAAGUUCCUAUUAGAAAACGUAGUGCCAUCAAAGGCCAAGUUACAAAAUUCUACAACUAUUUACAAGAGAUAUCUAAAAAUACUCCAAUUAGUAGCUUGCAGUCUAAAGAAAUUGUUUUAAAAAUAGAGAAAUGUCAAACUUUAUUAAGUACAUUUGAUACCUUGCAAACUGAAAUUGAAUUGAAUUGCUCAGAUUUAGAGGAACAGUUAGCUGAGAGAGAAUUAAUUGAAGAAAAUUUUCAUAAGUGUAUCGCAUUGGCUCAAGAAAUAAAUGAAUCAGCGAGUGUUUCAAAAACUGAACAUCAAAAGCAUGAGUCAGAAUAUGGUAGUGUAAAUAAUAGUCAAUGUAGUCAUAGGUUUAGUUCAGUAAAAUUGCCCACAAUAAAAUUGCCAUCUUUUGAUGGAAAUUACCUUAAAUGGCUGGAAUUUAGAGACACUUUUGACAGUUUAAUUAAUAGUAAUGAAAAUAUUCCUAACAUAAACAAGUUUCAUUAUUUAAGGUCAUCCUUAGAAGGAGGAGCACUAGUAGUUAUCAAAUCAAUAGAAUUCACAUCUAACAAUUAUAAAGUAGCAUGGGAUUUAGUUUGUCAAAGAUAUAAUAAUAAAAAUUUACUUAUAAAUAAUCAUUUAAAAGCAUUAUUUAAUAUAGAAGCCUUAACAAGAGAAUCUCACAAAGCUUUAAGAUUCUUAAUUGAUUUAGUUUCAAAAAACUUAAGAGCACUAAAUACUUUAGGGCAGCCAACAGAUAAAUGGGAUGCUUUAAUUAUUUAUAUGGUGUCCACAAAGCUAGAUAGCACCACUAGUAGAAAGUGGGAAGAAUUAAAAAAUGGGUUACCAGAAUUACCUACUUUAGAGCAAUUCAAUGAUUUCUUGCGUAACAGGGCAGAUGUUUUAGAAACAACACAAGUUCAAAAUAUAAGUAGGAAUGAUAAUUAUAAAUCACAAGGUCCUAGGGAGCAAAAGUAUUCUAAUUCUAAGUCUUUUGUUAGUUCAAUGAGUAACAACAAUUCUUACAAAAAGUCAUGUGAUAUUUGUCAUGAAAGUCAUCAUUUGCAUGCAUGUUCAAAGUUUAAUGAUAUGUCAACUGAAGCUAGGUUAGAUACAGCCUUAAAGUUGAAAUUAUGUCUCAACUGUUUGCGAAGUGGACAUACUGCAAAACAUUGCUUCCUAAAAGGUUCCUGUAAAUAUUGUAAUAAGAAACAUAACUCUUUGUUGCAUAAAGAUUCUACUGUAGGAUGUAGUAGUAGUAGUUCAAAUACAAAUAAUAAUAACUUACCUCCAAAUACUUUACCCACAACACUUUCAGCAGUCUCUGCAAGUCAGGUACUAUUAUGUACAGCUAUAGUGGAAAUUGUAAAUCCUGAAAAUAAUAUUUCUUACCGUGCUCGAGCUCUCCUUGACACAGGUAGUCAAUCAUCGUUUAUUACAAAUAAAUUCAAAAUAAAGCUAGGUCUACAGACACAAUGUUCAAACCCAAUACGUAUCGCUGGCAUUGGUAAUGUGCAGUGUGACAUUACAGAGAGGUGUAGUUUGAAAUUAUUUUCAUGUAUUGAUAAAUCAUUUAACUUAGAAAUGAUGUGUUUAGUAGUACCACAAAUAACUAGUAGUUUACCAACACUAAAAGUUGAUGUUAAAAGUUUAGGGCUGCCGGCUAACAUAAUCCUUGCAGACCCUGAGUUCCAUUGUCCCUCCGAUAUUGAUAUGUUAUUGGGGGCAGACGUUUUUUGGGAAAUAGUAGGUACCCAACAAAUAGGAUUGGGUAGACAUCGGCCUAUAUUACAAAGCUCUAAGUUAGGCUGGCUAGUAACUGGCCCUAUAGGAAUAGGACAGUCUAAUUUGUCACAUGAAAAUUCAUAUAUUAAUGUUUUAAAUUGUAGUAUUAUAAAGGAUGAUAUUCAUGAUUCAUUACAAAGAUUUUGGGAGGUAGAAGAAUUGCCUUCAAAUAAAAUAUCUUACACGCUUGAAGAACAAGCAUGUGAAAACAGUUUUAAACAAAAUACAAGUCGCUUGCCAAGUGGUAGGUUUUUAGUUAAAAUGCCACUGAAAGAAUCACCAGAGGAAGCAUUAGGUGAUUCAUAUAAUAUUGCCAAAAGGCGUUUUUUUAGUUUAGAAAACAAGUUAGAUAAGAAUCCUAAUAUUAAGAAACAAUAUGUAGAUUUUAUUAAAGAAUAUUUAGAUUUAGGUCAUUUGGAAGAUACAUCUCUACCACUUAAAGUUUUACAAUUAAACACUGUAACAUAUGGUACAGCUUCAGCACCUUUCCUAAGUACUAGAUGUCUAUUGCAAUUAGCUGAAGAAUGUACAGAUAUGUCUAUUGCUAAUAUAAUUAAGAAUGAUUUUUAUUAUGAUGACCUAAGUACUGAAGGCAUUAGAUUUAAAUUUAGCCCUGCAUAUUCACCUCAUUUUGGGGGUAUUUGGGAAGCUGGGGUUAAAUCAUCCAAACAUCAUCUUAAGAGAAUAGCUGGCAACGCAGCCUUAACAUUUGAGGAACUUGCAACGUUGUUCACACAAAUAGAGGCUAUCCUAAAUUCCCGUCCCCUAUCUCCUCUCUCAUCCGACCCAACCGAUCUCCUACCCUUAACCCCUGGGCACUUCCUAAUCGGGCGGCCACUCAAGUCGGUGCCGUCCUUGCUAAUUGAAAAGUCUAGAGCUAACAGAUACGAGCGUAUAGAGCAGCUGCGGCAACAGUUUUGGGAGCGAUGGCGCCGAGAGUACCUCGCCGAACUCCAACAGAGGACCAAGUGGCGGAGACCAGACCGGGAACUCAAAGUAGGCGACUUGGUCAUCCUCAAAGAAGACAACCUACCUCCAUUAUGCUGGCGACUAGGCCGCAUAACCAAACUUUACCAAGGACCAGAUGGCGUCAGCAGAGUCGCCGACGUCCUCACAUCGAGAGGGACUGUCAAGAGGGCAGUCCACAAGUUUUGCAUCAUACCUGGAGAUGACAUCGACCCAAAUUCAACUGCUUGAUAGCUGUGCUAUCAAGGCCCGGGAGGAUGUUAACGCGCACACUGUGCAGGCGCGCCAAACCGAUCCACCGUGCAGCACGAGAAGGGGAUGCGGGACGCGCGGGAGGAGGGCCGCUGGCCGCGUCGCUUCGCCGGGGCCGCGCGCCGGUCUCUUUCGCCAUCGGCACCGGACGAGUGCACACGUCGUGAUUAACCUAAUAUUUUUGUAUAACGCCAAUCGCCACACGUCGUAACUAUGAAACCUAUGUAACUAAUUACUUUCUUAAGAAUAUAAGCAGUUUGUACCAGAGG